UCCAGUAUGUAUAAAUAUGUACAGCUAGUGCAGCACGCUUAAAUAUGAAGAAUUAGGGCAGCAACCACGAUAAAAUUUAGGGCAGAUGAGGUCCGUCGCUCUUGUUUUCCUGAUUGGUGCAAUUGCCUUUAUAUCUGCAGAAUGCAACUCUGAAGGGGACACUCUUUACGCAUGGAAAACUUACCUGAUCGAUCCAAAUAAUGUGCUUCAGAGCUGGGAUCCGACAUUAGUCAAUCCUUGCACAUGGUUUCAUGUCACCUGCAACGGCCAGAAUAGCGUUGUAAGAGUGGACCUAGGUGCUGCUAACCUCUCUGGGAUUCUGGUACCUCAAUUAGGAAUGCUAAGCAAUCUUCAAUACUUGCAAGUUCACAAUAACUCAAUUAGCGGAGAAAUUCCAAGCCAAUUAGGCAACUUGACAAAGCUAGUGAGCUUGGGGCUGGAAAAUAAUCAGCUGAGUGGCCAUAUUCCAUCAUCUCUUGGCAAUUUAAAAUCCCUACAGUGGAUGAGAUUGGAUGGUAAUAAAUUAUUAGGGACCAUUCCAAUCUCAGUCUUGAAGCUCGUCUACUGGGGAAAUUUGCAGCUACUGAAUGUGUCCGACAAUCAAUUGGCAGGGACUGUCCACCACACUAACAAAACAGGAUUUGCUACUACAACUAUAAUUCAAGACUUGAUCACUUGAUUGACGAUUUGAGUUGGAUAGUCCUGUGAAGCUGCACUUUGGUAUAUGUUCAAGUCUAUUAAGAUUUGGAGUAAAAUGAUUACCGAUGGUUCUUAUAUUGUAUUUCCAAAACACUUUCAUAGCAUUUUGUGCCUUUCAAUUGACAUUAUUGAUCGGCUUAACCUUUCUUCUCGAGUACGUACGGUCGGGGUGUUACACACUAAAACUAUUUAUAUUUGCCU